CUACUGUAAUCAGAUUCAACCACACGGGGGCGCCACCGUGAUGUUUCACCGUGGAGGUAUAUGUCUGUUUGACAUGUUCAUGGUUUCUGAUCCCAUUUUUCUCCCACAGGUGAAGAACUUCUUUAAUGAGUUGUCAGAAGAUUGUUGUGAGAAACAAACCAAACCAGCUGGACAACAGCUGAGUGUUUAACUGAAAUAUCAACACGUUGAAAUAUCCUCAACGUAAACAAAACAGAAGACUUGUUUAGAUGCUCUCUUCAGGACCGCACUGUCUAAAAUGCACAGAUUGAGUUUAUAUUUAAAUGUCACUUCUAAUCAUUCUCUUACAUUCUUUUUGCUACUUAUAUUUUAAAAAUCACUGGGUAGAUUUUUUUCUCCUGUUUAACUUAUUGAACUGUUCUAGUAAUCUCAGAAAAAUCUGUGUACCGGUAAAUAGUUAUUUUUUCGACCAUAACUCAUAUAACCGACACUUGAAACCAGAUGAGUUUGGUAGUUUUAUACCUCAUACAAACUUUAAGCUAAAGAAAUGAUGUGAAGAGCUACAAACGAAGUACAUUUAUAUGUGGAYUAAUUGCAACUUGUUAAUAAAAAAUAUAUAAUUCAGGUGCAUAUCUUUGUAUUUCUGUACUUAUGAGUCUGUUUGACAGGAUAAUGACCUUGGCGAUAAGUAUUCGCUCUCUCUCUCUUUUUUUUAACACCCCUGCUGGUGUUCUGAUGAUCAGAGGGGCUGUUGAGAUGCCUGAAGUGGUCAGGGGUCAUCAAAGGGCAGCUGUCCACUAUAAAAGCUCAGUCCGGAGCUCCAUCUGCACUCUGCAUCAUUUCAGCCUGAGCGCAGCUGGAGGAAGGACGCAGAUCUCUGGGAGCUUCAGUUAAAAUGGAAACCAGAGUCGAGGUGGUUUUYUGCACUCUUCUCUUCUGCUCUUUUGGAGCUCUCCUCUCAGCUCAGAGCAGGAGCGGUCCGACACACAGAAACCUGUCGACGAAUCAUCGCAGCAGAUACCCUCCGUACAUGAUGAGGCUGUAUCGCUCCUUCAGGACCUCUGAUUUCCUCUCUUCACUACCUGUCAGCACCAUGACGGCGCAGCAUGAAUGCCCAGCAGCGCAGAGUUCGGACUCCGUUCUGAGCCUGAUGGCCAAACGCUGCCACCAAGUGGGUGACAGAUGGACCGUGACGUUCGACRUGUCGUCCAUCUCCACCGGCGAGCUCGUCCUGCUGGCAGAGCUUCAAAUCAAACUCCCAGCACUCUCUGCCUCCAAGCGUGCCGUGGUGGAUUUAUAUCACUCCCACAAGCAGUACUGUGACYCGGGCGGAGCAUCGUGCCAGGAGGAGGAGGUUUUCCUGGGAAGUUUCGGGGCAACACCAAGCAGCACCAAGUCUUCCUGGGAGGUGUUUAAUGUGACCGAGCUGUUAAAAUACUGGCUGCACAAGAGAAGUGAUGUGUUGAGCCAAGAGGCUUCAGGAGAGCCCGACGCAGAAGAUGGGGMUGGAUCUGGGGCUCAAGAUAACACGUUCUCCUUGAACAACUUGAUGGCAGAGCAGAGAAAAGUAAACCAUCCRACCACAAACCAGGUCAUGAUGGUCAUCUUUUCCAAACACARCCAGCUCCAGGAAGGCCACGCAGCRUACAGCCUCAUCCACACCGUAGAGAACUCCAAAUACGUGAYGACCGCCAGGGUUCGAGGCGAUGGUCAGAGUCGCCGCCACAAGAGRAAUCGAAUUGAAGGGAUGCGAGSCACCGCUGGAGCUGAGCCCACUGCGGCACCGGCAGCAGAGCGGGUCCAGAGGUCUCUGUGUCGGAGGGUAGACAUGUGGGUGGACUUCGACCACAUCGGCUGGGACGAGUGGAUCGUGCACCCAAAGCGCUACAACGCUCAUCGCUGCGAGGGGGAGUGUCCGUCACCGCUGGACGAGUCCUUCAGCCCUACCAAYCACGCAUACAUGCAGAGCCUGCUGCRACUCCAUCACCCAGACAGAGUGUCCUGUCCGUCCUGCGCACCGAUCCGCCUCAGCCCGCUCUCCAUGCUGUACUACGAGAGUGAUGAUUUAACCCUGCGGCAUCACGAGGAGAUGAUUGUUGAAGAGUGCGGAUGCCAAUAAAGCUACCUCUCAGAGUUAA